AUGGACACAUCCAGGGUUCUAGACAUGAUGCUGAGGAAUACUCACCAAACUGGUGGUGAAAAAUCUGAGCGUUAUACUGCCUGUGCUAUUUGCGCAUGUCCAGAGAUCUACAAGCAAGUUGACCUUAUGAGGACUUGGUUCAUGUAUCUGCUAUGGCCAUUUGACAUGACAUGUGCCAAGAUGCACAGCACCUUUGGGCAGGCAAUUGACAUAGGCAAGAGGUGCAUUCACCUGCUAUUCACCCAGACAUUUGCUCAACUUGUGGUGAACAGCGUGAAUGCACAAAACAUCCUCCUCACACACUUCUUGCCUGCUACCUCAAGAUGCUACCCUCUGUAUCUGAGCAUCAGGCUGGCCACCCUACCUAUUGCAUUUGCAUUUGACUAUGCCAAUAUUAGAGGAGAUGUGCAAAAGAUGGGCAUGUAUGCAUGCGCAAUCAAGCAGAGUUUUAUUGAUAUUGCUGAGAUUGAGGAGUUGGAGACAAUUGAUGUGGCACAUUUUCCAGGGACUGGGCCAUUUCAGGCAGAUGAAAUCACAAUCCUCUCCACUUUUGUGGGAGCUGGGAGCCCCAUUCCAAAAGACAUCAAAAAAGAUGGAGGAGGGCAUUUCUCUGAAUUCAACAUACCAGGGCAGAUGCUGCGGAGCAGCAAGUUAGAAUCCUGGCUUGCACAUCCAGGACUUCACAUAUUUGUGACUCAUGUUUUCAAAAUUGGGAAGAACACCUGUGCCUCACCCUAA